AUGAGUAAUAUGCUUUUAUUAUUUGUUAUAUUGAUUGGAAUUAUUUCUGGUCAUUUAAAUGAUCCAUUAGUUUGUUCUAGUAGUUAUUCUAAUUAUCUUCUAGUAAAAUUACCAACAAGUUGGAUAAAUGGAUCAGUAAAUUGCUUUGAUGAAGAUGCUAAACGGCCUGAUUUGGAUAUAUUUCCUAUUAUUAAUGGGUGUGAGUGUUCUGUGCUUGAUGGAAGUCAUUUUCGUGGUGGCAUCAUUUCAUGGCGUCCGUUAAAUAGUACAGUACAGGGUACCACUACACAAAUUCUUUUGCAUCAAAGAUAUUUUUGGUGGAGAAUGUACUCCGGUUUUCCUGCACCUUUAUGCACGGAAGCAAAUGUCGUUGCUCAAACACCUAUUAAUGUAGGCAGUGCUUAUUUGGCGUGUUUAAAAAACUGCACAAGUUCUACCUUUCCUCCAUCUCCCGGAAUUUUAGCCCAAAUGACAACGUCAGAUUGUGAUACAAACCCGAUCAUUGAAUCAUGGGGUGGUGAACUCUAUACUACUUUGACACUACCCUUGACAACAUCAAUUACAAUUGGCUACGUCGGAAGUGCAUGGCUGACUGCACUCUAUAUAGGUGGUGGUCUUGGUUGGUCAAUUGUCAAUCGAAUGAAUCUAGCUCCAAGACCUGAUUAUUAUAUCAAUAGCAGUCCUGUUACAACUACAUUACCAGUAGUAAUGUACCAAAGAGGUGUACCAGUAGUUCAUGUUGUACAGAUGGCAGAUAAUGAUGCUACCGAUGUAUUGCAAUGCCGUUGGGGCACUAAUCAGACAACGACGAAUUACAAUCAAGUUAGUGAAUGUGGAGAUGUCUGUAAGGCAAUGCCCCCUGGAACUGGACUCACCGGACCCAACUGUACGUUGACUUUCACUUUACCAUUGGUUGCUACAUAUUAUGCUUGUGCACUGCAAAUCGAAGACUAUUAUAGCGCUAGCUCCCCGAAUCCAAUGAGUUCAGUUCCAAUACAAUUCUUAUUCUAUGCAUACAAUCCUGGAGUUGGUGCAUGUGCAACUGCUCCUUCAAUUAUUGGUGUUCGUCCAAAUAGAGCUUGCAUUGGAGUUCCAUAUGGUGUUCAGCUCACUGAAACUAUAGAGAUACAAACAUAUUGUCCUGGUCAAACAAUUAUUGAUUUGGUCACUAGUUCACCGUAUGGAAUGACACAUAGUGGUAUUAGCAAUCCAAGUACUGGUUUAUGGAUAAUGACAUUAACAUGGACACCCAUAUCAUUACAAUCUGGCCCUCAAGGUUUUUGUGCUGGUGCAAUUGACAAUAGCAGUUUACAAUCAGCUCCAUGGUGUAUCACAUAUCUAGUUGGCUACGACUCACCGAAUUUAAUUCGUCCUACAUUGGUACAAGGAUCAGCAAGUCCAAUAGGUACUGUCUUUUCGAACCAGUCGUUGUUUUCCAUACAAGCAACAAGUGCAGUUGGUCGUCCUUCUCUCAAUAAUACGAACAUCUGUUUUCACUAUGACACUACAAAUGCAACAGUUUUCUGUUAUGAUGCUGGAUAUUCUCCAAAUGUUAUUUAUACUGGAUAUACUAUUGUAAUUGUUACAACUAUAACAUGGACACCUGGUCAAUCUUAUUAUGUAACACUGGAUGAUGGAUUUGCUAGUGGAAGUGUUUUUUGUCAUGCUGAAUCGUUAGCCAUUACUGAUAAAACAUUUUGGCGAUUCGAUAUCUGGAAUCCAGCACUUUCAAGUACAACCACAACAACUACUACUCCACCAACAACUCAUACAGUUACAAGCCUAGGAACAACUACUACUUCAAUCAAUACAGCAUGUACAACAAGUGGAAUAGUAGUAACUAGUACAAAUGCUUCUACGACUACAACAACUGUCACUACUACACCUCCAACUACAGCUGGUCCAACAACAGCAGGUCCAACCACCACAGGUGUAACUACUGAAUCGACUAUUCCUGUUUUUUAUCCAGCAGAUUUCGAAAAUGCAUGUAAACAACCCGUUGCAAUUAUGUCAGCUAUUGCCAUGGUCGCUUUUAUGCCUAUACAUGCUCUGGUAAUGUAUGCUGGUUUUACAAAAUUCUCGAAUAUGUACAAACCAUCAAACAUUGCUGCAAAAACAAGACACAAACAACGAAUGCAAAAUAUUCUUCGACGUUAA